CUAAGCUGAAAGGCCACCACAGCUGUCUUCGCCAGGGGAAUACUUCAGCUUUCUGGCAUUAAGGACUAAAGCAAUAAUCCCACAGGUUUGAGCUGUCUGGAAGAUGAAGCCCUGGCUGCAGUUGGUGUUCUUUACCUGUAUUUUUCUGAUCUGGCACACGGAAGCGGAGUUCUUCACCUCCAUAGGUCAAAUGACAGACCUGAUUUAUGCGGAGAAAGACUUAGUACAGUCUUUAAAGGAAUAUAUCCGAGCAGAAGAGAACAAGCUCUCUCAGAUUAAAAGCUGGGCUGAAAAAAUGGAUGUACUGACUAGCAAAUCAGCCUCUGAUCCAGAAGGGUAUCUGGCACAUCCUGUAAAUGCAUAUAAGCUGGUGAAGCGUUUAAAUACCGACUGGCUGGAAUUGGAAAACCUGGUUCUUCAGGAUACAACACAUGGCUUUAUUGCAAAUCUUACUAUUCAGCGUCAGUUUUUUCCAACUGAAGAAGAUGAGACUGGAGCUGCGAAGGCUCUGAUGCGCCUGCAGGACACAUACAAACUGGAUCCUGAAACUCUCUCUCGAGGAAACUUACCAGGAACAAAAUAUAGAUCCUCUUUGACAGUAGGCGACUGCUUUGGUAUGGGGAAGACUGCUUAUAACGAUGGAGACUACUAUCACACAGUACUCUGGAUGGAACAAGCCUUGAAACAACACGAUGAGGGGGAGGAAACAACAGUCAGCAAAGUGGAGAUCCUAGAUUAUCUCAGCUAUGCUGUUUUCCAGUUUGGGGAUUUACACAGAGCCAUGGAGCUUACCAGACGUCUGAUAUCCCUUGACAGUACACAUGAGAGAGCAGGCAGUAAUCUGAGAUACUUUGAGAAGCUGCUGGAGAAGGAGAGAGAAGAGAAGGAGAAAGAAAAAUCAAAUAAGACUGUGAUGACGACAGAACCUGUGGUGCAAAGUGGUGCCUAUGAGAGGCCUCUUGACUACUUGCCAGAGCGUGAUAUCUAUGAGGCCCUUUGCAGAGGUGAAGGGGUAAAAAUGACACCUCGAAGACAGAAAAGGCUGUUUUGUAGGUACCAUGAUGGAAACAGAAAUCCUAAUCUGCUCAUAGCACCCUUUAAGGAAGAAGAUGAAUGGGAUAGCCCUCAUAUUGUACGAUACUAUGAUGUCAUGUCUGAUGAAGAAAUUGAGAAAAUUAAACAACUAGCUAAGCCAAGGCUGGCACGAGCCACAGUACGCGAUCCCAAAACCGGUGUCCUUACAGUGGCUAGCUACAGGGUAUCAAAAAGCUCAUGGUUGGAAGAAGAUGACGAUCCUGUUGUGGCCAAGGUGAAUCAACGGAUGCAGCAGAUCACAGGGUUAACAGUGAAAACAGCCGAACUAUUGCAGGUUGCCAACUAUGGAAUGGGAGGGCAGUAUGAGCCACACUUCGAUUUUUCUAGGCGACCCUUUGACAGCACACUCAAAUCGGAAGGAAAUAGGCUAGCGACGUUUCUUAACUAUAUGAGUGAUGUAGAAGCUGGAGGAGCUACAGUUUUCCCUGAUUUUGGGGCAGCAAUAUGGCCCAAGAAGGGAACAGCAGUGUUCUGGUACAAUCUUUUCAGAAGCGGCGAGGGUGAUUAUAGAACAAGGCAUGCAGCCUGUCCAGUACUAGUAGGGUGUAAAUGGGUUUCAAACAAAUGGUUUCACGAAAGAGGAAAUGAAUUCUUAAGACCUUGUGGGAGAACAGAGGUUGACUGA